AUGAGUCAGGAUUUUAAUCUUGACGCACUCGGGUUUGUUCAGCUCCUGUCACUCCAAACUCAGCAGCCCCCUGUCCAUCCCUCAGCUCCAGAGGAGCCGCCCAGCUCCAUUUCCAGCUUCCGCCUUGUUUGGACUGCAACCAAAAGCCGAGAUAACGUCACCGGCCCCGGCCCAGCUGCCGUCAGCUCCCGCCGACCGGAGCUUCUUCACCUCCGAACUUUCUCCGUUCUUCUCUCACCGACACCUGCGGGGAGCCGGGACCCCCCGUCCCCCCUUCCCCAACAACGGAGCACAACAUGGCGGCGGCCGCGCCCGGCCCUUCCCGCACCGCUCCGCCCUUACCGACUUCUGUCCGCUCCGCUCGCCCACAAGCACGGACACACACGCGGCCCUUCAGGAACCGACCCCGCGCUGUUCCGCCGUCACUGUCCGACCCCCGCCCUCAGCGCUCCCUCCGCUCCGCACCGCCCCUCGCUCUCCCUCACAAAAUGGCGGCCGCGUCCUGCGCCGUUUAACACCCUCUCCCUCCUCCCCCCUCCGCGGGGCCGCUCGGCCGCAGCCAAUAGGAGCGCGCCGCUGGCCCGCUCCACCAAUGGAAGCCAAGCCCCGCCUGUUGCUGGGCGGGCCCGGGGCAGAGCGGCCGCGGCGCGAGGGCGGGCGGGGCCGCCAUUUGAAUCCCCUCACGAAGGGCAGCGCGGGAGCGGCCGCCGCUCUUUGUCCCGCCCGACCCAGCCCGGCCCCGUCCCCAUCCCCAUCCCGAUCCCGCCGUUCGUUGUCCCGCCCGGCCCGGCCCCGUCGCUCUUUGUCCGGUCCGGCCCGGCCUGGCCUCGCCGUUCUUUGUCCCGCCCGGCCCGGCCCCGUCGACGGCACCGCCCGCGGUUCCCCCGGCCCCUCUCCACAGCCCCCCGGCCAGGCUGCCAACAUCGCCUCGCCCGCGAAUUAGCACAACAAAAAAAGUGAGGAACGCCCGCACCAGCUGCCGCUGGGGGCUUCAAAGAGAUGGAAGACAACAAUAUCUGUUGUAAGCCUUGAAAUUCCACUCAUUAAUAAACAACUCUCCUACAAUGCACAUCAGCAGAUUUUUGAUUU